CCGCAGAUUUCUAUGAGCUCAUCACCACAACUCAACACCAACACAUUCAAUUCCGCUCCACAUAUUGUCGCACGCUCGAGCAGCACCAACUCUUUCCCAGAAACAUCCAAAUCGCAUGCGCACACCUCCACAACGACCCUGCACAUCCUCUCGCCAUACCCAGCCAUGGCGCAACCACAACUCACAAUCCUCACGCCUGAGCAGCGCCUCACGCAGGAAAACGCACAACGCUACACGCGCAUCCUACGUAACGUCGCCAUCGGCGGCGUAGUAAUCUGCCCGAUAAUCAUGCUCAUGCCGCCACGAAAACUCGACCUCUACACUUUCUCGCUGGGCCUGGGUUUCUACCUGUCCGCUGACCACCUGUGCGAGAGCUACUAUGGACGCGGGCUCGUCACACAGCUCUCUCCGUUUCGCGCUGCGGCAGAUUUGCCGACCGAGAGGGCGAGGGAGGUGCAGGCGAAGAUCAGGGAGGCGAGAGAGGAGGAGAGGCGGAAGCUGGGGACGAAGGAGCAGGGGGAGGGUGUGCUAACGAAGAUUUGGAUGGGUGGAGAGAGUGAGGGGUGGAAGGAGAGGAGGUUGGAGGAGGAGAAGAAGGCGAUUGAGGAGGGGAAGAGCUUUAGUGAUAUGAUUUUUGAGCAGAUUUGGGAUGUGUGGAACUGGGAUAAGAAGGGGAAGGGUGACGGGGAGAAAAAGGAGUAGUUGUGCUGGAAAAGAGACGGUAAUAUGUACACUAUGGAUGCUGUAUGAUAGGUAUGGACACGGCAAGGACGGUGUCAGCGUUGACCCUACUCGGUAGGGUUCUUUUGAAGGACGGUGUUACUGGCGACAGCAGCACCUCGCUCACGGAUCGCAAUUGGAAAUCACGAAAUCUACAUUACAACAUCGCUCUCGGC